AAAUUUUUAGAUUUUUAUUUCAAAAAAAAUGGAUAAGAAACAUAAAGAUGUUUUGCUAAAGAUUGCAGAUAAUCUUUUGGAUAAAGAUGUUGAAGCCAUUAAGUUUUAUUAUUCACAACAAAUUGGCUAUGGUUAUCUUGAAAAAAUUAAAACUCCUAUUGAAUUAAUUCAAACUUUAGAACAUCGAUUGCUUCUAGGGGUAGAUAACUAUGAUGAUUUUGUUGAGGUACUUAAUAAAAUCGGAAGGAUAGACUUAGCAAAUCAUUUUUCUAAAACUCUAGGUUUAACAGAAUCAACUUCAAGAUUUUUUGCCAACAUAGAUACAUCAGAGAUGUGCACAGCACUCAAAAAUUAUUAUCGUGAAAGUUAUGGGAAAAUAAAUGAAGUUCAACCACCAUUAAAAGUACCUGCAAAUGUUGAUCUAAUGGAUAACUUUGUUGAUCUAUGUAUUGUUGAUGCAGUUAGUACUCAAAUGGAUUUUGUUUUUAAUUUUGAACGAAAAAAAUUUCUUGAAAAGCAAAUGAACUAUACACCAAUUCCAUAUAGUGAAAUUUUUAUGAAAGAAAAAUCUGUAAUAUUAUUAUCUGGAAUAGCUGGUAUUGGAAAAACGUGGUUGCUUCGAAAAUGUUUGCUUGAUUGGUCAAAUGAUUUAAUUUGGAAAAAUGUUGAACUUGUUUUUUAUAUGGAAUGCAGAAAGCUUAAUCAAUAUCAAAAUAUUUCUAAUAUUAAUGAAUUACUAAGUGUGUUCUACAAAGAUGUUUUAAAUGAUUUUAGUAUAAGUAAUCAUUCUGCACUGUUUAUAAUUGAUGGAUUAGAUGAAUUUAAAUAUUUAAAUGAAUUAAUAAAUUGCAGUUCAAGUUGUAACUACCCAAUCGUUAAUGCUUUAACAGAAGUUCAAAAAUACAAAUAUGUAGUUGCUGGUAGAGUUUAUGCAAUUGAUCAAUACCAAAGUAUAUCUACUGAGCAUAGUAAUAAGUUAACCAUUCAAAUAAUGGGGUUUAACCAAAAAGGAAUACAUAAUUAUAUAGAAAAUAAAGUUAUAGAUGAAAAAAAAGAUGUUGUAAAAGAAACUUUAAACAGCUCUUCAAUAGCAAAAGCCAUGGCGUCUGUUCCAUUUUAUUUAUGUUCCAUGUGUAAAAUUAUUAGUGAUUCAAAAGAAAUGAAUAAAAAUUCUUUCUUAACAAUGACAAAUUUAUAUGCAAGUAUAUUUUUAUACUUUUUUCAAAAUCACAUUAUAAAAACGAAUAAAUUGAUCAAUAAGAUAAUUGAAGACGAUUCCAAUAAAAAAUAUAUUUUAAAUAUUUGUAAAAUUGCAUAUGAAUUGUUUGUUGAAAAUAAAGUAAUUUUUUCAGAGGAAGAAAUUCAAACUUUUAUCAUUGAUUUUGAUAAAAUUGAAACUAAUCUUUUUGGAUUUAUAGAAAAGAUUGAAACAAAUCAGGGAUGUUAUUAUCAAUUUGCACACUUAACAAUAAUGGAGUUUUGUGCAUCUGUAUAUGCAUAUAAUUAUUUAAGUCGUGAAGAGAUUAUAGCCAAUAAAAAGCUGGAGAGUUGUUUAUCGAUGAUUUGUGGAUUAUCUAAUAUAUGCCAAAAUAGUUUAUUAAAGUUUCUUGUCAACUUGAAUCCUUUGAAAAAUUGCUCUGAAAAAGUUUUGUAUUCUAUUUUAGAUCGUCUACUUGAAUUAUCUCGUCAAACUAAUUACUUGAAUACUUAUUACGAUUAUUAUGAGCAUUAUUACAAGCCAAACAAUGAUCUACUUGAAACUUAUUACAUUAAUUUAUUCAUUGAAUGUUUUUAUGAAAGCCAAUCGUCAUUUACUGAUGAAAUAAAAUUUAUCGUUGAUGAAAGAAAGUUGUGGCGGGAGAUUUCAAUUAACAAUGGAAAAACUUUUUACGAAACUUCUUGUAAAAAUUAUUUCGUAAAUCAUUACAUUAAAUCUGGAAGAAAGUUAUCGGAGUUGCGUGUUCAUAAAAAUAUUUUAAGUGAUGAAGAAAAAAAUCUUAUAAUUCAAUGUUCAACAAAUGUUCGCGAUGUCCACUUUUAUUGUCCAAUUAAAUUCGAAGAAUGUAAACCGAAGAAUAAGAUUGAAUGGUUGUCGAUAAACAUCUCAAGUUAUUUAAUAACGAAAAAAGAUUUUGAAGAAAAUUUUCUUUCGUGGAUUAAGCUUUGUAAUGGAUUAAUUCUUGCGCUUCACGAAGACAUCGAUUUUUUUGAAGAAAUUUUUGAAUGGAUUCGUUGUUCAAAUAUCAAGAAGUUGUCAAUCUUCUACCGUGGAAAAUAUUUUGAUAACCUCGAUAAAUUGAAAAACUUUAUAACAGAAAAAAGUUUAAUAUCUUAAAUAAAAUAUAAACGAUUAUUAAAAAGUAAUAAAUUAAAUAUUUAACGCUAUUUUAUAAAUAUGCUUUAAAAUAAACAAAUUAAUUUUAAUAAUACGAAUUAUUUUUAAUCAUAUUUUAG